CAUUCUGGUAUAAGUUUCACGUGUAUGUUUAUUUAAGAUAUAGUUAUUCACACUGUAUCUUUGCAGUUAGGAUCACAGUUGUUGUCUGUGGUAUUAUUUGUCAACAACUCCUCCAUGAUGUCAGAGGCUUAGUGAUGAAGAGGUUUAUCACCUAAGAUGAUGUUCACGUGUUGGCUGUCAAUUCCUCAGAGGGGUGAUGAACCGGACUUAAAGCACCUUACUAAAGUGCCUGUUGGGGAAAAUGAGUCCUCUGGAAGACGUCCCGUUUCACACCCUCCUGGGUCCGCUGCAGGAGGAAGUGCAACUCGUGACAGCUCCAGACAUCACUUUACCAGACUGUGGUCGGAUACUACAAAACUCUAAGUAUGGCUUCAACCUGGAGAGAUUGAUUUUAACUGGGCAGCAUCCGGUCUUUCACGCCUCCUCCUGUCCCCCCUACUGGCUGAUGUUCGGCACUCCUCAGGAUAGUCACAGGACCAAACGUAGGAGCAGCGACCCUUGGGCCCCAACACUUCGCCCCCGUAGUCACAGCCUGACCUCUGCAGACACUCGCUCGCCGCACCAUCGCACAGUCAGGUUCCUCUUAUCUGACUCUGAGGAUGAAGAUGGUUACUUUGAGGAUAACGAAGGCUCCUCUGCAGAGGACGCCCGGUCCCCCAUGAAAAGCAGAGAGCGGCCCAGGAGCGCGACACCCAAAGACCCACUCUUUAGAGUCAAAGACAUGCACUAUGGUCCUCCCUCUCAUCACUGUAAGCCUGCAUCACCUCAGGGAUCCAGAGGCAAGUCUCCCUCUUUUCAAGACUACAGACAACCUCUACGAGCUCUGGAGCAGCACAGGUCACAACAGACCAGCCCCCUCCCUCAUGGGCAGAAGAACAAAAAGAAGACACGUUCACUGGGCUCUGCAGUCAGGAAGUUCUCCCAAAACGCUCCUCCUGCUGCUCCUCCUCCAUCCAGGCUGAAACAGAUCCGACCUUCCUCUGCAGGGCCGUUGGUUAAACACCAUAGACAGAAGCAGGCUCUCAGGACAGGCAGCUCUCCUGGGUUUUUCUUUGACUCAGCAGCAGAGUUGAUGUCAGCACUCAGCCAGGAAGAAAGGGAGCUACUUGAAACCAUCACAGAGAAGGGCUACCCUCUGCGCACAGCUAUUCUGGCUCUGCAGAAGACCGGCUAUCGCAGCCCAGAAAAGGUCCUCAAGUACCUGGUAGCAAGCGACCGUUUGUGUGACCUGGGUUAUGAUGAAGCACAGGUGGAGGAAGCCUUAGAGAUGUUUCAGAACUGUGAGAGCAAGGCUGCUGAGUUCCUGCACCUCCUGACUCAGUUUAAUGAGAUGGGCUUCCAGCAAAGUGCGAUCAAAGAAGUUCUGCUUGUUCAUGAGAAUCAUCAUGAGAGAGCGCUUGAAGAGCUCAUGACACGCAUGUCAUAAACCAACAUGCGUCCACUUUGUAUAGGAGUAGUACUAAGAUAUGCUCAAAAUGAAGACAGAUGGGUCUCGCCCCAGGAUACAUUGCAGAAAUGCAAAUAAAUUAUGAGCCAUCUUGAGGCCUUAGAUCCUCAGGUGGGUCAUUUUUGGUCAUUCCAAAGUCGAGGGGGUUCGUGUUUUCUUCGUCAGAACUCGACUUUGGAACGACCUCCCUGAGGAGAUAAGGCUUGCAGAGUCAGUGACAACUUUUAAAUCUCUUCUUAAAACCCAUUUUUACAGACUAUCUUU